AUGUCGUCUAAAACUAGGUCAACGAAGGAGGAAUCGUCAGAACCGCCGUCUCUGAUCCCGUCACUUCCCGAAGACAUCAUCGUUGACAUCUUAGCACGUGUAGGGAGAUGCUACUAUCCAAAACUCUCCCUUGUUUCCAAGCACUUCCGAUCGCUUGUGACCUCCCACGAGCUAUACGCAAGACGAUCAUUGUUAGGAUGCACGGAACACUCUCUCUAUGUUGUCCUCUGUAACAAAGAAAACGAUAAUCACUAUUGCUAUGUUCUCUACCGGAAAGCCAACGGUAAUCACAGCUUGGUCCUUAUCCCUUCUCUUCCCAAAAUGCCUCGCAGGGGAGGCUUUGUUGCGGUGGGGUCAAGGAUAUAUGUGUUUGGUGGGUUUAAGUCAGUUCCACAGAAUGCGAUAAGCAUUGACUCCAAACGGUGCACCUCAUGCCUAGUAUGA